UCUUAAGUUUCGUUUGUAAAAAUGAAUAGAUGUGAAGGUGAAUGGAUUUGCUUGCAAGUCAAACGCGACAUCUGAGGACUUCUUCUCCACGGUGCUUGCCAAGCCAGGAGCCACCAACAAUUCAAUGGGGUCACUGGUGACUGGAGCCAAUGUCCAAAGAAUCCCUGGCCUUAACACCUUGGGCGUCUCCCUCUCCCGGAUCGACUAUGCCCCCGGAGGCUUAAAUCCACCCCACACGCACCCUCGUGCCACGGAAAUGGUGUUCGUUCUAGAAGGUGAAUUGGAUGUUGGUUUCAUUACCACAGCCAAUGUCCUGUAUUCCAAGUCUAUUAAGAAAGGAGAAACAUUUGUAUUCCCGAAAGGUCUGGUCCACUUCCAGAAGAACAAUGGCAAGGUCCACGCUGCAGUAAUAGCCGCGUUCAACAGUCAGUUGCCUGGAACUCAGUCCAUAGCAGCCACAUUGUUUGCUGCUUCACCACCUGUGCCAGACAAUGUUUUGACAAAGGCAUUCCAAGUUGGUACCAAGGAAGUUGAGAAAAUCAAGUCCAGAUUUGCACCAAAGAAGUAGAAGAAGACUCUGCCACAUGAAACUUAAGCAUCUGGGAUUUGUUUUGAAUGGCUAAUAAUGUAAAUUUGAUUUCUUCUAUUUGGGAAUCGGAAAAUGACGUGAAACAGUACAAAAUCAGACUGUUAUUGGGAA